CUGGUUCUUACAGGCGCCCCCUCCUAGAACCCGCAAUGGCUUUCACGCACAGAAGCUCCCAGAGAAGCCUGAGCUCCUUUCCACAGAACUCCGCAGGCAGCAUGUACAGGAAGGGGAGCAUGUUCCUGGGGGCCGCCCCCAGCGUCCACGGAGGGGCUGGGGGCCACGGCACCCGCGUCUCGACCGCCAAACAGAUGGUGAGCUACGGCGGUGAUCUCGACAGAGGGGACCUGCUUUUGGGCAACGAGAAGAUGACCAUGAGAAACCUGAAUGACCGGCUAACAAGCUACCUGGAUAAAGUGCGGUCCCUGGAACAGGCCAACGCCACGCUUGAAAUGCAGAUCAAGCAGUGGUAUGAGAUCAACGCACCCAGCACCGCUCGGGACUACAGUGCGUACUACAGACAAAUCGAAGAGCUUCAGGCUCAGAUUAAAGAUGUUCAGCUGCAGAAAGCUGAAUGGAUCCUGAAAGUUGAUAACAGUAAACUGGCUGCUGAGGACUUCAGACUGAAGUAUGAGGCUGAAAGGGCGCUGUGUGUCACUGUGGAAGCUGACGUCCAGGGCCUGAGCAAGGUCGCUGAUGACUUGACCCUACAAAAAGCAGAUUUGGAGAUACGCGUUGAAGAACUGAACAAAGACCUGCUUCUCCUCAAAAAAGAACAUCAGGAGGAAGUGGAGAGUCUAUGCAAACAUCUGGGCACAACUGUCAACGUGGAGCUAAAGGCUGCUCCAGGCCUGAAUCUCGGGGUCACCAUGGAUGAAAUGAGGAAGAAAUAUGAAGCCUUGACCCAAGAGAACGUUAAGAAGGCCAAGGAAGAGUUUGAGUUACAGAUUGAAUCUCUGCAGCAACAAGUCACAGUAGACACCCAAGAAUUAAAAGCAGCUGAGGUUCAAGUCAAGGAGCAGAGACAGGUUUACCAGAACUUGGAGAUCGACCUCCAGGCCCACCUCAGUAUGAAAGAAUCUUUGGAGAGGACACUGCAAGACACCAAUGCUCGUUACCAAAGACAGCUAGCCACCAUCCAGGGGCUGCUCAGCACCUUAGAGGCCCAGCUGAUACAGAUUCGGACUAAAGCAGAGCACCAGAACAUAAAAUACGCUGAUCUCCUGGACAUAAAGACCCGGCUUGAGCAGGAAAUUGCUACUUACCGUCGCCUUCUGGAGGGAGAAGACACAAUAACUAUAGAUCAUCAAGUAAGGAUCCAGGACAAAGUAGAUGUAAAGAAAGCCAGGAAGGUUACGACAGUUGUGCAAGAAAUAGUGGAUGGCAAGGUUGUGUCAUCUGAAGUCAAAGAAAGGGAGGAAAGGAUGUGAACACCUCCGAGGAGAAGGUGCUGCUGAGGUCUUCAAAGAAGUGUAGCUAUAAUUUUCCCUCCUUACAAGAAGGUCACCACCAGAAAGCACCAUUAAUGCUUUCUAUGAUGGGGGGCGGGGCAUUUACCAGUCUCUGUACUUGAACGUAAACGUGUUACUCAAAGGAGCGACAGAUUUCCUGCAAAAAUGAAAUCCAGUGAGCAUUAAGAUAUUUAGAACAUCAUCACUGCCAUGUUUACCACAAUACAGAUUAAUUACAAGCUACAGACCACCUAAUAUCAAUUCAUUAAUGUUCCUGAAAAUUGCAGCACAUUUCAAUUAAGCUAAACUCAUGGAGCAGAG